AUGAUAUCAAUUGACUUGAGGUUACAUGAAUGGCAAUGGCAGUAUCAGAUAUCAAGUACUUUCUUUGUAUUUGUAAUUGUGCCAUUAUUGUGUUAUUUAUAUGCUAAAUACCUUACGUCUCGCCCCAAUCGUUAUAAUAAAAUAGAGGAGCCUAUCAAAAUAGCAAUCCCCAUUCCUGACGAAGCAAAACCUCAUUGGAAAGGCAAAAGGUUAUAUCCCCCUAAUUUGAGUAUCAAGGUUCCGAAUGAACCCACUAAAAUUCAAAGUUAUUGCCCUGCUACUGGCCAAUACUUAGGUACGUUCAAUGCGACCAGCAGAGAAGAGAUGAGCAGACAAGUUGAAAGAGCAAAAGAGGCUCAAGCAUCCUGGCGAAAAUCAGACUUCACACUUAGAAGGAAACUUCUUAAAACGCUUGGUCGUUACUUAAUAGACCACCAAGACGAUAUAGCUAGAGUUGCAUGUAGAGAUAGUGGAAAGACUAGAAUUGAUGCGCUGAUGGGGGAAAUCAUGGUGACAUUAGAAAAAAUCAAUUGGAUAAUUGCUCAUGGAGAAAAAAUUCUAAGACCAUCUAAGCGACCAGGACCCUCUCAUCUAUUGGUGGGAUUGUUAAAAAAUGGGGAAGUAAGGUACGAACCAAUAGGAGUCGUCGCCGCAUUGGUGUCUUGGAAUUAUCCUUUUCACAAUCUUGUGGGGCCAGUUGUAGCUGCGAUAUUCACAGGAAAUGCCAUAAUUGUUAAGUGCUCAGAACAAGUCUUGUGGUCGUCUAAAUGGUUUGUGGAACUACUAAGGACAAUUUUGAAGCUGCUCAAUAUUAAUCAGAACUUAAUUCAAUUAACUUGCUGUUAUCCAGAGGACGCUGAUUUUUUUACCUCAAACCCUGGAAUUUCACAUAUAACUUUCAUUGGAUCUAAACAAGUUGCUCACAGGGUCGUUCUGAGUGCAGCAAAGGAGUUGACACCUUGUGUGGUCGAACUUGGGGGAAAAGAUACAGUCAUUGUCUUGAAUGACGUAAAAAAUCUUGAGCGUCUCUCUUCCAUAAUUAUGAGAGGAACUUUUCAAAGCGCUGGUCAAAACUGCAUAGGAAUUGAAAGAGUAAUUUGUUUGCCCAAAGUGUAUGAUGAAUUGUUACGUAUAUUAGUAGAUCGUGUCAAGAUACUUCGAUUAGGCUCUGAUAUCGAUCAGUUAGAUGAAAUUGACGUGGGUGCAAUGAUUUCGGGUAACAGGUUUAAUCAUCUAGAAGAAUUAAUUUCUGAUGCUGUUGAAAAGGGGGCACGCUUACUUUGUGGUGGUAGUCCAUUUCAACAUCCGAAUUAUCCUCAAGGUCAUUAUUUUGAGCCUACAGUAGUUGCAGAUGUGACACCUGCAAUGAGAAUAUUCCAAGAAGAAGUUUUUGGACCUGUGCUCACAAUGAUUAAAGCCAAGGAUGCAGCCCAUGCCGUCAAAUUAGCCAAUCUGACUGAGUAUGGAUUGGGCAGCUCUAUUUUCGGGAAAGAUUUUGAACAGAUCAAUGAACUUGCGAAUCAGCUCGAAUGCGGAAACGUUGCCAUUAAUGAUUUUGCAACUUUCUAUGUCGCUCAAUUACCAUUUGGAGGUACCAAGAAAUCAGGUUACGGAAAGUUUGGAGGGGAAGAAGGUUUGACAAGUCUCUGUGUUGCGAAGUCAGUAGUCAUGGAUAAACCCUUAUUCAGAAUGUUGGGAGUAGCAACAAGUAUACCUCCUCAAUUAGAUUAUCCGAUCAAGAACGAUAAAGUUGCAUGGAGCUUCUUAAAGAGCCUAAAUAAAGCUGGGUAUGACGAUCGAAUUUGGGAAGUUUUAAAAGCAUUCAAGAAAUUGGUGACGAAGGAGACACAAAAGUAG